AUGGCGACCGCCGGCUGUGCCGGCCGCUGGGCCCCGCUCGCCCUCGCUCUGCUACUCGCCGCCGUCGUCGCGCUGGCGCUCAUCCCGCAGGCCGCCCUCGCCGCGUCCGGCGGCGUCAUGGGCGGGCGCUCCUACUCCUCUUCCGAGCCCGACGACUCGUCCUCCUCCAACUCGUAUUCGUUCUACGACUCGUCGAGUCACAUAUCGAUCGGCGCGCCGUCGCGUCGCCGCGCGGCCAAGGACGACGACGACGACGACAACUCGGAUGUGAUAUUCUGGGUGGUGUUCGUCGGUCUCGUUUUGCUGAUCGCUGCCGUUUGGUACUACUACGAGUACGAACGCCAGAGGACGACCGUGGUUAAGCUCCAGGUUGCCUUGCUUGGCUGGGCGAAACCGUUUCAGAAGGAAUUGAACGAGAUCGCGGAGAGAGUACAGGCUUCCAACAAGCAUUCGUACAAAUUCAUGUUGACUGAGACCAUAUGUUCAUUGAGCCGUCACAGGGAUUGCUGCGUAUUUUCAAGCUUAUCAGUUAAUGUGAAAAAUGGAGCGGAUACUUGGGAGGCGCAUUUCGAUAAACUUUCUAUCAAGGAGAGGAGCAAAUUUGAUGAAGAAACACUAUACAACUUGGAAGGAAUCAAGCGGACGAAAGAGUACUCCAAAAAGUUAGAUGGCUCCAGAAACGAAUAUAUAGUGGUAACCAUCCUAGUUGCUGCCAAGGGAGCGCUGAAGUUCCCCAAAAUCAGAAGACCCGCAGAUCUGAAAGCAGUAGUAGAAAAACUCAACUCUAUACCUAACCGAGAAAUUCGGGGCGUUCAUGUUUUAUGGACUCCUCAAGAUGAGAAUGACAUUCUUUCCGAAGAGAAGCUUCGAGCGGAUUAUCCUAAUCUGAGGCCUCAUAAUGAUUACUAGGACGGCGUCCUUUUGGUGUUCUUGGAUGCUAUGAUACAACAUCUAGUCAGACUAUACAUGUAAAAGGAUAUGGUAGCUCAUGGUAAUUUCUGGAAGUUACGGUGCAUUGAAACGAAACCAUUUAGAGUCUAGGCUGCAAACACCAUUCAUGUGACAUCACCUCUUGUAUUUUGACGUUUGUUUGUGAAGCAAUAGAUGAACUCUUCAAUAUGAAAGAGGGAUGCUUGCAAGAGCUUUGCAAAAACCAUGGGCGACACGUCUUCCAAAUUAAAAUUGCUUGCCAGUUGCAAGCCACUAACUAAUUGGUAUGUGCAUUAGUCAUUACAAAUUAACUAUGUGCACUGGAAUUUUGUAUCCUUCUAUUUUCGAACCAUGCAGGAGAGAGUACAACAUGGAAGACGGCACAAACCCAUACAAAAGAUGGCACGGCCCAUAAAAAUGAUGUCCAAGAUAACCUAGACUGAAUAACAUCAACAUCAUAGAGAGGUCAACUGUGAGAGCCUAAACACGAGUCAACCACAACAUGACACCAGCCCAACGCCACCGGACCAGUCGCCAUUGAGGCCGUAGAGAGGGAACCGUGGAGGUGACGGAGACCAUCCGUAAGUGAGUAGAAGGUCAUGCCCGAACAUCGAUGAUGAAGCCAAAUGACCGAUGAAACGACCAAUGAGCACUCGACCAACAACCAAACCCACCCAUGCGCUGGAUGAUGAGGACAUCAAUACAAAUGUUACACCCACAACUCCUGCUGCUAUACAUACUGGAUCAAUUACUA